GCCGAAGACGUUGGCCGGUUUCAUGGCCUUCCUGCCGUGUGCUGUGUCCCGCUCUGGCUCCGCCCCACAUGAGAAAAGGGCGUGGUCCCGCUCUGACUCCACCCCUCAGGAGAAAAGGGCGUGGCGCAGGUGUGACCGCAUGGGCCGCUGGGCGGAGCACGACUACAACCAGUGCUCAUACACCAGCCAGUUCACCCGCAGCCUGCAUGAGCUCACACAGAUGUCGGUGAACGUCUCCAGCGCUCUGAUGCUGGCGCAGCAGCUCUCGUCUCUCACCAGCAGGGCGGCGCUGUUUGGAGACGUGAUGGAUGUGAUAUUCGUCACUCAUCUGGUAGAAAGACUCACACGUCUGGUGGAUCAUGUCAGAGAGUUGGCCGAUCACGUGUUGGAUGUGGCCAGUAACAUGAUGGCGGUGGAGGAACAUGUUCUCUGGAUGGCUCAGAACGAGGCUCGAGCGUGUACCCGGAUCGUCCAGUGUGUGGAGCGGAUCGCAGACCUCGCGCUCAACGCGAACACCACCGGCAUCUCAAAGGUUUCGGUGAACAUCGCUCUGGAGGCGCUGCUGUUUCGGCCGGACUCUCUCAUGGGUUUAUUGUGUACGGUGGAGCAGCGUUUGCCUCUGCUGCCCCCGGUGGCCGACGCUUCACAGCACAACACCCUCCUCAACUUCAGAUGCCACACGCUUAACGUCUCCGGGUCACCUGUGGGUCAGCUCAGCCAGAACACGGUGGCCAUCGCCUCCAUACAUUUCCCGCUGGCUACCCCUCAGUCUGUGGAGAACUGCACCUGUAAGCUGCAGCUGAUCGUCUUCCGCAAUGGAAAACUCUUUCCGUGCACGGGGAAUUCGUCAAAUCUUGCGGACGAUGGCAAGCGCAGAAGCGUUUCGACACCAGUUGCAUUCACCAAAUUAGAUGGGUGUAGCCCCGGGAGCCCCGUGCAGCCGGUUACCGUCGCUCUCCGGCACUUCUCGUUGGGUGUAGACCCCACCGCGGCAUACUGGGAUUUUGACCUGCUGGAUGGACACGGCGGCUGGCGCGCGGAAGGCUGCCACAUAACGGGCUCGGCGCACAACACGACCACCAUCCACUGCGCGCACCACAACAACCUCGCCGUGCUCAUGGAUCUGAAGAAGGUGCUGUCGUUCCCUCCGUAUCCGGGAGAGUUCCUGCACCCGGUGGUUUACGCCUGCACUGCCGUCAUGCUGCUCUGUCUGUUCGCCUCCAUCAUCACCUACAUAGUGCACCACAGCACAAUCCGGAUCAGUCGGAAAGGAUGGCACAUGCUUCUCAACUUCUGCUUCCACACGGCCCUGACGUUCGCUGUCUUUGCCGGAGGCAUCAACCGAAUCAAAUACCCCAUCAUCUGCCAGGCCGUCGGUAUUGUCUUGCAUUACUCGUCUCUGUCCACGAUGCUCUGGUUGGGCGUCACGGCACGAAACAUCUACAAACAGGUGACCAAAAAACCACAGCAGCCGCAGAACGGAGACCACGCGCCGCCUCACCCCGCCAGAUCACCCAUGCUGAGGUUUUAUUUGGUGAGUGCAGGAGUUCCCUUCAUCAUCUGCGGCAUCACAGCAGCUAUCAGCAUCGAGAACUACGGCAGCGGAGAGCAGACGCCGUUCUGUUGGAUGGCGUGGGAGCCGAGUCUGGGCGCCUUCUACGGCCCCGUGGGCUUCAUCGUCCUAGUGACCUGCGUCUACUUCUUGUGCACCAUCAUCCAGCUGCACAAACACCCCGAGCAGAAAUACGAGCUGAAGGCGGUGAGCGAGGAGCAGCAGCGGCUCUCUGACGUCCACCAGGGGGAGCCGGCGAGCGGACAGUGUCACGGCGGCUGCCCAGGGCUCAUCAACCCAUCCACGCUGGCCAACGAACACUCGUUUAAAGCCCAGCUGCGGACGGCGGCGUUCACGCUGUUUUUAUUCACAGCCACGUGGACGUUCGGCGCGCUUGCCGUUUCGCAAGGCCACUUUCUGGAUAUGAUCUUCAGCUGCUUAUACGGGGCUUUUUCCGUCACGCUCGGGUUGUUCGUUUUGAUUCAUCAUUGCGCAAAACGCGAUGAUGUCUGGCACUGCUGGUGCGCAUGCUGUCCCGGGCGACGCCCUCCCAACACAUGCCACGCCCACACCCACGGCCACACCCACAAACUCAACAUAAACGGCGACGCCCACUCCCACUGCCAUCUAGAUGGUGGGAAACCUGUUCACUGCGCAUGUCGUGCCGCCGCGCAAAAUCACGUGACCUGCCUGACGCCGGUUUCACCGUGUUGUGCCGCUCUGCAUUCGCAACAGCUCCUAGAAGACGAAACAAGCGCGCAUGUGCUUCUCCACGCCGACCAUGACGGUUACCGACCCGCCGUACGAUUGCACCGCUGCUCCAAACCCGUCAGGACUAAAACAAGGCGCCAACGUGAACUAGCAUUGCGCAUUCCCACUGGAGCGGACGCCAUUAGCGCGCACAGCUCGCGUGCUAACAGCCCACAUGCCCACAUUUGCCACUUGGCUCACGAAGUUUGCCCUCACGAGGCGCUCACGCUCUGCCACCAUCAUCAUCACAUGUGCUGCGCAAAAGACGAGCUCCUCGACGUGGGCGAGAGCUUUCUGUGCGGGAAACUCGCGGAGGACGAUUUGCAUCACGCGCAUAUAGAGCUGCACGCCCGCAGACAGUCGCUGGCCAAUCAGAACGGCAUCCUGAAGGGAAACGCGCUGUAUCCGUCCGACAUCACGGGGAAUAUACGCACCGGACCCUGGAGAAACGAAACUACCGUGUAGUUCGACCGAACUCCAACACUUCUUAGGAUUUAAGAAAGGAACUUUUUUUAGUACCAUCCCAAGCUCUUUCCUGCAUCAUUCAUCCUACAGGAUGAUUCUGCGGAUCGUACAAAUGCGAGAACGAAAAACCCGGGGCCUCAUUUAUAAUACACAUAUAUACAAGUUGAACUCCCACAAAUAUAUCUUUAUGUAAGAUGUACAGCCAUCAUCAAU